CAGAGGUAGCUCAUCUCUUACACCCCAUCUGCUGAGAUCAAGCAGCGCUCUCGCUAUCAGCCCUCGUGUUCGUGGGCUGAGAUGUUGGGGAAGUUCUUCCCAUUUGUCUCUGAUUCUGGGUUACCCUCGGAGAUUUCAAUGUCCUGGAAUUCGGGGUGCUGGAGGCGAGGCUGUGGCUUGAUGCACGGGUGCUAAAUGGGAGCAAUCCCAGCGAGUCUCAGGGAGGUGCAGGAGCUCAGAGCUGGCUCAAACCACACAGCCAGAACUUGCAGGGCCUGGGGAAGCCUCGUUUAACCCGGCUGUUUUUCAGCCUGUGGAGCCGGGGCACCCAACACAGGGGGUGCCAGACGUGUAAUAGGGUCUCGGUGCCUCCCUGGAAGCGUGUGACUGAGCUCAAUGAAGUCGCCUGUUUGGUAGCACGAUGUUCCUGGUCGGACUCUCGGGUGGAAUCGCGUCGGGGAAGAGCACGGUGGUGGCCGUACUCCGGGAGCUGGGCUGUGCCGUGAUCGAUGCCGAUGUUAUUGCCAGAGAGGUGGUGCAGCCCCACUUGAAGGCCUAUCAGCAGAUAGUGCGCCACUUCGGCACCGACAUCCUCCUGGAGAGCGGCGAGAUAAAUCGCGAGGCUCUGGGAAGCAUCAUCUUCUCCCAGCCGGAGAAACGGCAGCUGCUGAACGCCAUCACCCACCCCGAGAUCCAGAAGGAGAUGCUGAAGCAGGUCUUGAAGUACUUUGUGCUAGGCUACCGCUACGUGAUCCUCGACAUCCCCCUGCUCUUUGAGACCAACAGGCUGACGAAGUUUAUGAAACACACGGUCUUGGUUUACUGCGACCCGCAGACCCAGCUGUCGCGGCUGAUGAAGAGGAACGGGCUGUGCCAGGCCGAGGCCGAAGCACGCAUCGCCUCCCAGCUGCCGCUGGACGAGAAGCGCAAGCUGGCGAGCCACAUCAUCGACAACUCCGGGGACCGCGAGAGCACGCGCCGGCAGGUCCUGAGGCUGCACGCCCGGCUGGAGGAUUCCCUGGACUUCCUCUGGGCACGGCUGGCGCUGGGGGCGGCCGUGGCUGGGCUAGGAGGGCUGCUGUACCUCCUCCUCCAGCACUUCAUCUCUUAAAUCACCUUUUUUAGGGGCUUUUUUUUGUGUGUGUCUUUGAAGGGCCUGGAUUUCCAGGUUUGAAAAGGGCAGCGAAAGGCCACCUGUUUUAAUGAGCUUUGCCAGCUGAAUGCAGACAGGGGGUGAGGCGUCUCCUUGCAGCCUUCCCAAGGUGAAUACGAGUUUUCUUCCAGCACCGUCUCCCAUCUCCUUUCUUUAAGAUCCUGCUCAGGUAGUUGCCCACCCACCGUCUGUGGGGUGGGGUGGCUGCCCCUGGAGGGGAUGAGGCUCUUGUUUUCCCCCUUGUGGACCUGAGUGCUGGGACUUAUGCGGUGAAUUCAGGCACUUCGGUGUCUCCUGGGGCAGCCGUGGGGGCUCUCAGGUCCCAGGGGCUGCUACCGGGUGUCCCCAGGUUGGUCCCCUCCUAGUGCACAGCCCCAGCUAACCGGAAUUCAGGUGUGGGAUUUCCCCUUAUUUCGUGUUAAAUGUGUUCCUACACACGGGAUAGGUGCUCAGCUGGCUGCUCGUGGUGCCUCUGCCCUGUAUUUCUGCAGCAUCAAUAAUCCUGUGGCCAUUCCUGGUGGGUCACCCCUGCCAAAGGGGGGGAUGCUGAGGGUCUGGGGUCUGGGACCUACCCUGCAGGGGUCUGGGACCUGCCUCGGGAAACGCGAUUGCUGCUGUUGGAGUUCGCCUUCAGCAGCUCCCUGGGGGAAGGGGAGAGCACGAGUCUGGGCAGAGCGGGUGCUGGUUCCUGGCGUUUGUUUUAAUAAAGCACCGAACAGCAGCCGG